GGUCACGUGACACGGAAAAACUAAUGCGCGGCAGUUGGUUACCACAGAGAAGCCGACUUUUUCUUCCUCCGAAAGAUUUAUUGGAGUAUAUUUGUCGUUGUUGUUGUUUUUCUUUUAGGCUUUAUUUUAAAACACCGGCUCACGCUGUAGUGAUUUUUUUUUUACAAUGUCGAAUAACACUAAAAAAGCAGAGGUAGGACUGCGUAGAACAUACGUUGUCAGACCCAGUGGUCAAAAUAAACCUGUCCGCAACGUUAAUUCCAGAAAGUUCGUUUACAGAGUUGGAUAUACCUGGAACAGAGGCGGGAGACUCAAGGAGCUCAGGAUAAGAACCUGGGCCAGAAAGUUCCUAUAUAUAUGGAUACGCAACACCUUUGGUCGAGUUCUUCCCCAUGAAGCAAAGUGUCACUAUGACAGAGUGGUCCUAAGACGAGCCUUUAAUGGGUGGACAGAGGAGUGGUGGACGUCCAGGAGAGGGUGGAUCCAUAAAAUAAGGGCAGAGUAUCACCACAAUUUUCGUCUGUCUACUCAAGUGUUCCAAAGCUGGCGUACCUUUGUGUCACUGCAGAAGGAAGAGAAGAUCAAACUGAAACAUGCGAACCUUCAUGCGGACAGGCAACGGGUUGGUGUGGCCUGGAGCAACUGGGGGAUUUUUAUAAGAAAGAAAAAGAAAAUGAUGGAAUCAGCCUUGGAGAAGAACAGACUCUCAACUCUUCGUAUUUUCUGGAGUUUGUGGCGAGCAAAGCUGCAAAAGCUUAAAAACCUUUACGUCUUGGAGGACCAGUAUCUGAAACAACGGGAUGUGACGAUAAAGAAGAAGGCUCUGCUUCAGUGGAAAGAAACGCGUUCAGCUCAGUGUCGCCACAAACACCAAGAGUCCAAGGCUUUACAUCACUACACACACAGGGUGAAAAGAAGAACACUGUAUCUGUGGAUGUUUUAUGUGUACUGCUGCCAAACCAAACGAAAGUCUCAAGCCGAAGCUCAGCUUCAUUAUAAUCUGCGUCUGGUGAAGAUGUAUUGGAAUACCUGGAGUCAAAGAUUGCAUCGUAAGUGGAGGGAGGAAGACCGUCUGGCUGCUGCAGCGCAGCUGACUGUUCGCAGCACUCAGCGCCGGGCGCUGCUGCAGUGGUCGACUUCUGUGUCACUGUGCAAAGAUGAAGCCAAAAUGAACCAAAUGGCAACUCGGCACUAUCACUGCCACCUGCUGAGCGCUGGGCUGCAGGGAUUUGAUCUCAACGCCAUGUGUAACAAAAGACAUCGGAUGAACAACAACGUAGCUGUGCAGCACUGUCGUUACACUAGAAUGAGGAGGUGUUGGAGGCUGUGGCAGGAGCGUGUGGAGGAGGCGGAAGACCGACGAUUUCAACCACUGAGAGAAACUGCACAGAGGAAAUACAGAGUUACUGCGCUUAGAAGCUCAUUUCACCACUGGAGGGAGACAUUCGCUAAACAGAAACAUAUGCAGGAGCUGGAACACAAAGCAGACGUUUGGUUGGUCCAUCACCUCCAGCUGCGGUUUUUUAACUCUUGGGUGAAGUUCACCGUGCAGAGACGACUCCGUGGACGGAGGAAACAAGAUGCUGACGCUUUCAAUGAACAGCGUCAGCGCAAAUGGGUCUUCAGUACCUGGUGGGAACGGGCAGAGAGACAUAAGGAGCACAUGCUUCUAGAGCGACUGGCAAUUCUUCAUGAGAAAAGAUCCUACAGGUGGAGAAUCUUCUUUUACUGGAGACAAAAGGCAAAAGAGAAGAUGAUCGAGGAGGAGAAACUGAAAGCAUCAGAUCAGCUGUACGAGCACACACUCCUCGACAGGACGAUGACGGAGUGGAAGAACAACAGCGCUGAGAUUAGACUAAGGAGGAACAGAGAACUCCAGGCCGGUCAACAGGGAGACCUCUGCUGCAUGAGAUGGGCUCUAGAACGAUGGACAAAGAACCAGAGAGAGAAGAAACGCCAACAGGAGCAGAUGCUGUGUCACCGUGAGACCAAACUUCUCCAGCGAACCUUCACGGCCUGGAAGACACAUCACCUGCUUCUGUCUCACAUCCGUGGACGUGCAGAGACACUUUAUCAACUGAAAACGAAGACAUAUCUAAGCGGCGUUCUGUCAGUGUGGCGAGGGAACGCGGCGCUGCAGGCAAAGUGUCGCCUGUCGGAGCAACGAGCACUGAAUCAUUUUAAAAACUUAACACAGCCCAAGGUGUUUUAUGCCUGGCGAGCAGCAACGAGUCUGGCCGUGUCGACGCUGCGCCAGCAGAGGGCAGCAGUCAGCAGAGCUAAAAGGUCACGUAACCAUGUGCUUCUGCUGCGGACGUUCACACAGUGGAGGCAAAGAACCAAACAGGUUCUGUGUGUGAAACGAGCCGUACGUCACCAUGAAUCCAAACUGCUCUGUAAAGCCCUACAACAGUGGGGAGACUAUCACACACACUGCCAGAAAUAUAAGCUGCAGCACAGACAGAGAGAAGUUGAACAGACACACGAAGCCCUCUGGCACUGGGCGCUCAAUCUCCAGUACAAGGUGCUGUAUGCGUGGAGGGUGUGGGCCGCUCAGCAGCGCUGGAGGCGGGAGCAGGCGUCUGCGUCUGCACGUGUCUACAGAGACCGGCUGCUGAGGAAGGGCGUGAGCUGCAUCCUCACAUACGCCGCUCACGUGAAUGAUCUCAGCGAGGACCUCACACAGCACCGCCACGAGCCAGUGGGGGCCAUAAAAAGGAAUGUUGCUGUCUUUCCGACAGCGUGUGGGCUGCGCUCUCCGGUCUGGUCAGGUGUUCCACAGAGGUCACGUCAUCUCCACAGGGUGGUGAGACGCUGUGCGUUGCGCUGGAAGCAGAGGGCGCUGUCUAAACCGUGGGGAGAAAUGGUCCAAGAGCAACUGAUGAAAAAGAAUGUGACCCCGUCAUUGACCACUACUGCCCCAGGGGGCAUUUCCUUGUCUAACACAGCGGGGCAGGAAGAUGAAUAUGUCAACAUGUUGAAAGAAAUGCUUCGCGGACGCGAGCGUCGACAGAAGCCUUACCGCCUCGAGGAUCCGAUCGAGUCUCCGGUGAUGGUCUCGGAGCAUAAAGGCUCCUUAAGCCAGUCUGGUAUUUCCCGACCCGGAGCUGCAGAACCUUUUUGCAGUCUGACUGCUGGGAUCCUCGUCUCCAGCGCACAUCGCAGCUCCAUCACAGAUACGAACAUCUCUGAAGCUCACGUGUCACGGACCGAUUCCUCCGUGAGACAUCAGACCAUGGACGUCCUCCUGCCUCCGUCAGCGUUCAUGAAAACAGUCGCUCACAAUGAAUUUGAAAAAAAGAACAAUCCAUGUCCUGGAAAAGUCUCCCAUGAGUCUCUGGAAUAUUCUGAGCAUCACACUGGAGCACCUGCUGAAGGGGCUGAAGGUUCAACGUCUGCUCUGACGAGUGAACUGUUGAGCAUCGAGCUGGAGAUGAAGAGUUAUCUACGGGACAGGAGGCAGCUGAGGUCGUGGCGGAAACUGAAGAAGGUUCUGGAGGAAUGGCUCCAGAUCAGUUCAAUGGAGGCACCAACAGAAAUAAGUUCUGUUUCCCAGGAGGUAAAGGAGUUGGAGGAGAACAUUCUCCAUCUGUCCACGUCUGUGGCCAAACGGAAGCCGACGAUGCUGCUGUAUGCAGAGAGGAUCCAGAAACAGACGGCAGGAGUUUCUCCUUCUGUACAAACGAAGAAAUGAAGAGCGACACACACACACACAGACACACACACGUCAGUAAUUUCACCUGCAAAGUUUACACUGCAGCUCAUCAACCAAAAUGUUCUACAUCGAAUAGAGACUUAAAUGAAAUGUAACUGUUUUAUAAACAUUUCUUCUCA